CUGGCGCGCUGCUGGCGGUCCCCGCGGCAGGGCGCGCCGCCUGCAAGAUGUCCGUGCGCCACGGCCAGCGGCCGGCGCGGCCGGGGACCCGCCUCUCUUGGCUGCUGUGCUGCAGCGCCCUGCUGUCCCCGGCCGCCGGGUAUGUGAUCGUGAGCUCCGUGUCCUGGGCUGUCACCAACGAGGUGGACGAGGAGCUGGACAGCGCCUCCACCGAGGAGGCGCUGCCCGCGCUGCUGGAGGACUCGGGCAGCAUCUGGCAGCAGAGCUUCCCGGCCUCGGCUCACAAGGAGCACGCGCACCUGCGGCCCCGGGCGGGCGCCCCCCGCGCCAAGCAGCCGCACGCGCCGCCCGGCAUGUUCUCCUACCGGCGCGAGAGCCGCCAGGUGGCCGGCACGUCUCCCGGCCCGAGGCUGCGCGCCGGCAUCGCCCGCUCCCUGGCCCACGCGAGCGCCUGGGGCUGUCUGGCCACCGUGUCCGCCCACGAGAAGAUCCAAGGACUGCCCUUUGGGAACUGCCUGCCCAUCAGUGACGGCCCCUUCAAUAACAGCACUGGGAUUCCUUUCUUCUACAUGACAGCCAAAGACCCUGUGGUGGCCGAUCUGAUGAAGAACCCCAUGGCCUCUCUGACACUGCCAGAAUCAGAAGGAGAGUUCUGCAGAAAAAACAUCGUAGACCCGGAAGAUCCCCGAUGUGUCCGGUUAACACUCACUGGCCGGAUGAUAGCAGUGUCUCCAGAAGAAGUGGAAUUUGCCAAGCAAGCUAUGUUUUCAAGGCACCCAGGAAUGAGAAAGUGGCCUCGUCAGUAUGAGUGGUUCUUUAUGAAGAUGAAGAUAGAAUAUAUCUGGCUUCAGAAAUGGUAUGGAGGUGUAUCCGACAUUUCAAGGGAGGAAUAUUUCAAAGCAGUUCCCAGGAAGGCCUGAUGGAGAAGAAACUCCUUAGUGUUUGCACUGAAAUGGAAACCUUUUAAGUGAUGCUUCCAGACAGCUAUUGACCGCUGUCUCUUUGUUGAAGGGUUCAUAGCAGCCCUGCCAUCCAUAUAGCAGAUAAGAGAGGGUGAACAGGGAACCCUGCGCUAGAUUUGAGAUUAAAGUGGUCAUUGGCAGAUCACCGACUCACACAGUAAGUACUUCACAUAGAUAGUCUUUGUUUAUGUUGUAUUCAAUCCAGACUCAGCUAUUUGGAAAUCAUUGUUGGUUGUCAAAAUGACACGUUGAGACUGUUGCUGCUUCAUUCUUUAAAAGAAUUAUGCCUGUACGUAAAUGUGAUUGCUUUGUAUUGUGAGAGUAUUUUCGCUGCUUGCUGUGCCAAAAGCAGUCUUGGUUCUAAGCUCAUUGCGACCAC